UGGGUUCCCACGUUAAAUUGACAAGAAAAUUUUGGACUGAGAUAGAUUGACACCAAAAAAAAUGACGGUUGGCAAAUUGACACGAAAAAAGGUAACGGUUGGUAAAUUGACACGAAAAAAUAUUCCGCCGCACGUUGCCUGGCGAAGGCCAGCAGCGGCGCAGCCUCAAGUUAAAAAAAAAUCAACCCCACCUGCACCGCUGCACCGCCCGGAAACCCAACGGUCGCGCUCCCUCAUCACCGCACCCGACACGGAGCGAGGGGAUGGGGCGCCUUGCGCGAGGUAGAAUCCGCAACGAGUGGCAUGAGGAGUGCAUGCAGGUUCUACUGCUUGCUGUGUUGUGC